AUGAUGAUGGUGAACUCUUUACAGAUCUUUUUACUGGUAUUCUUUACCAUUUUCCAACAUGUUCGAACGUACAGCAUUCCUCCUUCAAGUUCAUCGAGUGCUUCUGAUUCAGGAUCCAUUGAUUGGGAUGAAUAUAUUAAUUGGCCAAAAGACGAGCCACAUGGAGCACACCACGAUGAACAUAUGGUGAAGCCAAAAGCAGCAUCAGAUCGACAUUCGGUUCGAAGCAAUGACAUCGCAAAACCCGUCGAUCAACAUGCAGGAAGUGUGAGUCCAGGACCACAAUCAGCAAACUCAAAGAAGAGAAAAUCACCAAGUCCUUCGUCACCGAAAAGUGAACAAAGUGCUGCGAGUCCUACGAGUGGGGGACUGACGGAUGCGCAACAUUUGCCGGUCUUCGGGGUUGCAACUUAUGCGCCUCAUUCACCUGAACCUCUAUCGCAAGAUAUAGAUAUAGAAAAUUUGAUGUUCCUUCCACCGCAUGAAUCAAGUUCUCAUCAAUCAAUCAGGAAUGAUGAGAGUGUGGUUAUGAACCAACCAAGCAAUCAGAUGGAAAGGGGAAAGAAACCACUUUCUCAAGAUCCUAAAGCUGUAUGGAUGCGAGAGUAUCGUAAACAAAGAAAAGCAGACAGCUUAGAUGAAAAAAUCAAACGGGAGAAAGAAGCGGUAGAAAGAAGAAAGAUGGGAAGGGAAAAGAAGAACAAAAGCAAAGUUUAUGUUCAAUAUCGACGUAAAUAUCAAAGCGAAAUGUAUAAACGGCUCAAAGAAACUCGUGGAUACGGUAAAAUGAGUCAAAUAACAACACCGGCUCUAAGAAAGAAAGUAAAACAAGGCAUACCGAUGACGCCAGAAGAAACUUUGUUCUUGUUUGCAAUGUCUCAAGUGCAUUGUACCGAAUCGGAAAUCGCUUUACGACGUGAAACAGUCUAUUUCGAGCAAAACGAUGAUUCAUUAUGGGAAAAACGACAAAAUGAUCUAAUUCGGGGUGGAAAUAAGAAAAACGAAUUACCAACAUUUCAUUGGCCAGAAAUUGAUGGUCCUUUGAAGUAUACGUUGAAAAUGUUAAACGGAACAGCAUUAAAGACUGGUUAUUGGACAUUCAAUCAAACGUUCGAUGAUCGUCUUCAACGCAUUGGUGCAAAAAAUUUACAUAAAGCACAAAAGAUUUUAUUUGAUGAAACUGUACGAAAAGCAUUCAAAUGGCGAGAUGAUUGUUGGGCAUUUUCAAACGCAUCUGCAAAAGCAAAUAAUCGAACAAACACUCUUGCUCGGGUUGCCGUUUUUCCUUACAAUACUAAAGGGGAUGAUAUUGACGGAGGAAGAGGAAUUGCUUCUCCCGUUAAAUUUGCUUGUUUUGAACGUGCAAAAGAUGGUAAACGAAAUGUACCUGUUGUUAAUCACACGAUCAAAUUACUCAAACAAGAACAUUGGGAUAAACAAUCGGCUAUACGUCAAGUUCAAAAGCGUAUCAGGGAUGAUAAAAGACGCAAAAAGAUGAAGAAGGCCAAACAAUCACAAUCUGUCAAGACAAAGUGA